AUGUUGACGAUGACCCGCGUGGUCAGUGCCCCUUCAUGGCAGAGUUGGGGAGGCCCUUGUGUGUGUGUGUGUCGCUGUGUCACCGUUUGCAACUUGGAGGCUUCUAUUCUGAGUCUGGACAGGGACUGUAACCUCUCAAGUAUUCUUCGAAUGACCAGCCGCCAUCGUGAUGGCCACUUUCAGAAAUUUGGUUGGGCACAAGGGGCAGGACCAUCAUUGGUGUGCUGGCGGCCCUGGCGUGAUCAUGAUCAUACCAGCUUCACAAUUUAUGAUUUUGGAAGGGUCUGGUACGUCUGCCUCAAGAUCUGGAGUCAGUUUAUUGAGGCAGAUCAAACCGUGACAGAGCAACAGCUGCAUGAUCUGUGGGAAAAAUCCGCGGAGUUUGCUGCAGGGCUUGGCUUUCCUGCAGCCUCAGAAGCCAUCGACGUCAUCCAGGAGGUUCACCACCAAGAGCCUGCAAAGACCAUCGAUGAGUCCUUCAGUUCUGAGUGCACGGGUGCUUUGUGGGUCUCAUCACUGCAGGCGCAGCCAAUGCCCUCUUCAAGUGAACUAGCAGUUCUGUUGACGUUCAAUCGGCAUCCUGCCAGCAUGGACGCAGCCUUGAAGAGGAGCGACUUGGGAAGGCGCUUGGCAGCCUCUCAGCAUGAGAUUCAGCCUCCAUGGGCGAAUGGAGCCAAAAUCAUGGUCAUGGGUCUCGACGAAGCGGUCUGGCAUAGAGCCAUUAGAGAGGCCGACUUGCCGCAGAGCUUGCUGCAAUUGAAAGCAUAUCAUGUAGUUGCCCCAGCCAACAAGGUGGACGACAUCCUCGGGAUUGUGGCUGAGAUCCCUGGCUCCUCACGGCCUCGCUUGAAGGCAGGCUCCGAGCCUGUAUCGGUGCCAAACCCUGAGGUCGACGCUUCCAAAUUCCAGGUGUCGGAGCCAGUUCCUCCUCGUUGCCGAUCAUCUAUGACUCUGCAUCAACUACGACUCUGCAUUCGGCUGGCAGUGACCACAUCAACUACAACUCUGCAUGGCUCCAGGGAGUGCGUGAGAAGGCCCUCUACCUGCCGAUUCCCCACCUGA